UUUGCUCAUAAAAUAGGCUGCCCACGGGGCAAACAGCAACAGUUUGGGAGAAAUUUCCCAUCGGUCAACACAUCACACCUGCACCCAGAAGACGAACAUGAAGUCGAUUAUAAUUUUCUUGGCCCUGUUUGCCGCUUGCCAUGCGGCUCCUACAGCUCCGGCUGACGUCAAGGAAGCCACUGAGGCUCUUUCUCGUCCUAGUCCUAUCGCUCCGGAUGUGAUCAGCGAUCCCAAACCCGUCGGCAAGGUUGUCCUCCUGAAGACUGAGCCCACCCUGCAUCGUCAGAAGCGGGAUGAGACUGCUCACCCCAAACCCGACAGCGUGAAGGCCCGCGAUUUGCUGCAGCAUAAUCCCCUUCACCAGCAGGAAUCGCUUGGAAUCCAGACCCACGAGCCCCUGAAGCAUGAGGACAAGAAGUCCAAGCGCGAAGCUGACCACGAGGAAGGACAUCAUGAGGAGGGUCACCACGAGGAGCCAAAGAAGGAGGACGCCAAGGAUGCCCAUACUCAUGCCUUGCAUGCAGCUUCUCCUGCUGUCGAAGCCCACAAGAAGUCCAAGCGCGAAGCUGACCACGAGGAAGGACAUCAAGAGGAGGGUCACCACGAGGAGCCCAAGAAGGACGAGGCGAAGGAUGAUCAUGCUCAUGCCGACGCCCACAAGCAGUUGAAGCGUGAGGCUCACCACGAAGAGGGACAUCACGAGGAGCCCAAGAAGGAUGCCCUCCCUCAUGGAAUCCAGACCCACGAGCCCCUGAAGCAUGAGGACAAGAAGUCCAAGCGCGAAGCUGACCACGAGGAAGGACAUCAUGAGGAGGGUCACCACGAGGAGCCGAAGAAGGAGGACUCCAAGGAUGCCCAUACUCAUGCCUUGCAUGCAGCUUCUCCUGCAGUCGAAGCCUACAAGAAGUCCAAGCGCGAGGCUGACCACGAGGAAGGACAUCAAGAGGAGGGUCACCACGAGGAGCCGAAGAAGGAGGACGCCAAGGAUGCCCAUACUCAUGCCUUGCAUGCAGCUUCUCCUGCAGUCGAAGCCCUUAAGAAGUCCAAGCGCGAAGCUGACCACGAGGAAGGACAUCAUGAGGAGGGACAUCACGAGGAGCCCAAGAAGGAUGCCCUCCCUCAUGCAUUGCCUGCAUCCGCUCACACAGCCGAAGCUCCGAAGCAGAAGCGAAACUCACCCCCUAAGCCAGAGGCCUCAAAGUCCGAGCAUCACGAAUCCCAUCAUCGCGAGGAGCAGCAUUCGGCGAAGCCAGACUCCCACGCCCACCACAAGCAGAGGCGCGAAGCUCCCUCAAAGCCUGCAUCCGAAACUGCCCACGAAGGACUGCAGCACGAUCCUAAGAAAGCCGAAGAGCUGCACAAAGCCAUAGAAGCACUGGCCGCUGGCCACUCCAAGGAUGCGCAGCGUCAUCAGCGUGACAUUCCAGUACCCACUGAGAUAAAGUCCAGCCAUGUUUCAGCCAACAACAAGGCAACCACAGAGUUGGCAAUUCCCAUCCACCAUCCCGUUUCCGUGGCCGAGUUGUUCCACAAGGAGAAGCCCGCCGCCGCAGCCGGUUCCAGCUCCGAGGAGAGCAAGGAGAAGAGCAAGGAAGCCCAGGCCUAAGCCAAGGCUACAACCUUGCCCCCUGCUUAUUUAACUGGUGUGGCGAUAACUGUCCCAUCACGUUUUUCAUUAGGAAAAAAAAAAACGGAGAUUGAAAAAUAAACAAAAAAUAUUUACACGCUUA